AUAGACGAUAUGGUAGCUGAGCAAUCCUAUUGUUAUCACUUGCCAUCUUCUACGAUACGGAUCAGAAGUUUAGUUUCCAUAUUUUUCGCCAAUAUAGACACAAAAUUGGGCAGCUAAAACAUUUUUUAUUCCACGUACCGGUACCAACAAAAAUUCCGCAUCGAUGAAUCACGUGGUGCAUUUUACUGGUCAUCAUGUUCCCCUCGAAGCUGACCGUACCGUUGAUCGAGAUCAACUUCGACACACCGAAUCGGGAGCGCUUCCUUCGUGACGAAUUCGGCCAGCGCAACAGCCAGAGCUACACGGUGCUGGGGCGGGGCAGCUACGGCGUGGUCAUCAAGGCUCUGUACAAGGGCAAGCACGUUGCGGUAAAGAUUGUGGAAAAGCACCGCAAGUACCGCUGCCGGUACGAUUCGCUGCGGAACGAGGCAAACGUGCUGAACCUGAAGCAUGACAAUAUUGUGCGAGUGCUGAAGAUCAUCUCCGGGGCGCAGUACGGGCUGGUGAUCAUGGAGCGGUUCGACGGAUAUUGUUUGCAGAGUGUGUUGAAUCAAGGAUAUGAGGUUACGAUCUAUCAUCGAUUGUUGAUACUGUGUGAUAUAAUCAAUGGUCUGUGCUUCUGUCAUCGUCAUCAUAUCGUCCAUCUGGAUGUGAAACCUCAGAAUGUUAUUGUUUGUCUGUUGGUUCCGGGAUGGUCGGUAGGCGAUAGAUGUUCCUACAUACGAAACUACUCGUGCAAGUUGUGUGAUUUUGGAUCGUCUGUGGAGCUGGAUAAUUUUAACGUUGCCGAAUCGAAGAGUAACCGAGGCACUAUUCGGUACAUGGCACCGGAAAUGCUACGGGGACUGGAUGGGAUUUCCGAUUUGGCUGAUGUCUUUUCGUUCGGAGUAACGAUGUGGCAGCUCAGCGAAGGUAAAGAUCCUUACGAAUCAAUUGUUUCAAAUGAAGCCGUUGCCUACAAUGUGGUCAAGAAGAAGAUCCGUCCGGAUAGCGUUACCACAGCGGAGAUCCUACGCUCCGAGCCGGUUGCUAUUCCAUCGGGGAAAAAUUCACACCAUCACUUGUCACGUGCCCGCAAGAAUAGCGACAACUCGAUGGAGUCGUCGGAAACUUACCUGAAAGCGAAUGGCAACUCGCACCUCAGCUUCCACAGUAGCAUCCUGGUUUCGUCCAACGCUUCCGAUCAGCACCGGCCCAGCAUCGACUGCACGACCGACGCCAUGCGUGACGUUCUCCAACAACAGGGCAUUGACCUUGCAGCUAACGCAGUGAACGACGAGGACGAUCCGGACGAUGCACCGAGCCACGCGGCACUGGAUGCAUUGUUCGUGCAGACAGUCGACUUGCAUUCCGUCAAUCAGAAUUACAUUCGACAGGAGUAUCGAAAUCUGUACAGGAAAUGCUGGCAGCAUGAGUCCGUCCUGCGUCCCACCGCCUCUGAUGUUCGUUCCACGCUGCACGGCAUGGUCGAGCGGAUUGUCUGUUGUAAAUAGGUAGGUUGUUGCGUAUUCCAAGUGUAGUGUUUAAGUGUUGCUUUUAUCACUUGUCUUGUUCAAGGCAGAUUACAGUAAUCUGCUUUUUUAAAGUUUGGGUUUUUAUCGUUGCGUGUUUUCAUUCGGUUUCCUAGAUUAGGAAUGUUACGUUAGCCAAUAAAAUAAUCGAUAUUAUUUUAUAUAUCCUUACGCGCAAAUUGUGCGAUAGUUAAAUAAAGUAUUGUCAUCGCAUUAAACAAA